GAUCGAGAAAUACAAAAAAAAAAAAAAAGAUGCGUAAUCCACAAGGAGAACAUGGCGAUUCGGAUUGAAGAUGAAGGUGCGUAUUUCCGUGCGCUGAGCAAGUAUUGGCGUCAAGUGAAUCAUUCCGAGGGUUUUGAUAUCGAGGAUGUCUCAGAACCACAUGGUAUCUGUGGACUGUUUCGUUACGACUGUCAACGCGAGGAUACUAGGUAUCCUAAUCCUGUCUUGGUCGAGCGUUAUGCUAGAUUGGGGCUUCAUCGUUACAAUUUGUCCAAGGGGACAAAUUUCCAGCUACACCACCUAAAGAAAUUUAACAUGUCCAUGAAUUGCCUGUCCGAUUACUACAUAACUUUGGCUGCUUGCGAUCCAGCUACCACUUCGCUCGCAACCUUUCAGGUUAAAGUUGGUGAAAAUUGUUAUGGCAUAUUGGAUUUGACGUGCUAUAUUGCUAGGCCUCAAGGUACCCCCAAGGAAUCACCCAAACCUAUAAAUUUUGGACCGUCGUAUGGUGAUGGUAGUUUGCCUUAUUGGCCGUCAGAUUUCAAUGAUAUACUACGAUUUACUGUGCUCAAGGAUUCAGAGUUGCAAGACAAUGACUGGAUUCGUCUAUAUUUGGAACUUGCACUUUGUACAAAUGAUAGGUGGAUUUCAGAUAGCUCUCUGUCCCAGUUGCAAAUUGUGAGAGUGGCUAUAGAAACUAUUGGAGGUGUGGUGGAGCCGCCCAAUGAGAGACUCCUAGCCAAAAGUGCAAAUGUCUACAUAACGUUUAAAGGCUUGUCCUAUGCUCGGGUUGGUGAGAUUGGUGAGCAUGUUGAACGCAAAAUCAUCGUUCGCAGAGUCCUCGAUGAGCUCACAGGGUACUUGACUCUCCAGGGUGGGUUUGGCUAUUUGUUUGGAGAAGAAGCAGCUGUGGAACGUUCUAUGACUCGCUCGAGCUUUGCUUUCGAUGAUGAGCUGCCUCCUAUCACUCUCCCGACUCGACCAAUUAAUCUCCACCUCUACAAAUGGAAAUAAUGAGCCGAGUUCUAUAAAGCUAAUCAGAGCUGCGAAGAAGAAACCCAAAAUCCAAAUAAGGUUUUUUUUUGCUGGUGUAAGGAUCUGAAGAUGAGAAAAGACACAUUUUUCUCAGAGAUUCAUGUAAAAAAUAGUAGCUUUGCAAGAAUUUUAGGGCAAGAAAGGAUAAAACUACACUCAAAAAGUUUCAGUUUUUUUUUUUUUCUCUACUACGGCUAAUGGCUAUGAAGAUGAGAAAAGACACAUUUUUUCACAGAGAUUCAUCUUCAAAAAUAGUAGCUUUCCAAGAAUUUCAGGGCAAGAAAGUAUAAAACUACACUUUAAAGUUUCAGUUUUUUUUUUUCUCUCUAUGGCUAUGAAGAUAAGGAAAGACAUUUUUUUUUUCCGACAUUUUUUUUUUCAGAGAUUCAUGAAAUAUCUGGUUAUGUAUACGAGUAAAGGUACUUCCUUUCACUAAGG